UUUGAUUUGAAACUGUCACAGUGAACGGUUAGGUGAACAAGUGGUUUUGAGAUAUCGCCAGAUUAUCGUCGGUUGGUGUACAACAUACAGAUUUUUUGUUGAAUUUUUUUUUUUUGGUUGAUGGCGAGGGGUUGUGUGUAUUAAACAAUAAUAAAUUUUGCAAUUUUGUGAUUUUUUGUGUGUGGACCAGUGCAGUUCGCUUUGUUGGCUUAUAAAACGUAUAAAUAAUUGCAAUGUGUGGAUUUUGCGAUUUUAUUUUUGUCUCGCCCGUUCGAUUAAGUUUUCGAUGAAUUGGAAUUGAUUACAGAAUUUGAACUGUUUGCUUUUAAUUUACAAAAAAGUAAAAAUAAAUAAAAAUUUGCGUUUUUAACAAAAAAAAACCAUUUAGUGCACGAACUGAUUCGAAAUCCAACGGAAGACCAAGGACAACCUUUGUAAAUAUUGGAAUCAGGAUUGAAACCAAAAUGACUGAAGAAAUGACUCCACAAACACCUCCACAAUCUUCACAACAUAAUCCCGCCAAGCCACGAAUCAAUCUACAAGAACUGAGAAAUUCAGACCUAGUCAGUCGCUACUUGGCAGCCACACCACCAUAUCUCUACUCCGCUCCAGUCGGUCCACACAAUUUCUUCUUCAGUGAAAUGCUACGAUCGCUCGUUCAGGCCCGAAACAACACCGAGCAAAGCGUGCGCAAUCAACAGAAUCAACUAUCGGCCGUCGCAACUGGACGUCGUCCCCGAAAGCGAGCCUGGAGCAAUCAACGACCGAUGUACGAACCGUCACGCGACCAAAAUGAAAUGGAAAAGACGACAACCGAGAAACCGUUAGAGCUGACCAACAAAACGGUUUUUCCGUUAGCCAAAUACCAGAAGUGCGAGAGUCCCAAAAUCCUUACUCCGGAAAACUCAAUUCGAAAUUCCAGCAAAAUCGAUGAGCCAGACGUAAAGCACGUCCCAUCCGCUGAAUAUCCAUCGAACAUGACUGGUACACCGAAUCGUGUGAGCAAUCCCGAAACUGUUCCAUCUGAAUUAGUACUUCCUCCACCGCCACCGAUGUGGUAUCCCCCAUUAUAUCCACCGUACGGCAUCGAUCCGCUGCAUUUUUUCAUUGAUCUCCGUGUCUCGGGUCACAUCUACGAUCGCAAAAAGGAGAACAUUUCGCCAACCAAUCCGAUAGUCGAUAACAACAACGUCCUCCCAUCCGUCGAUGGUGAAACGAUCAAACAUCGGCACGGAUCGGCAUUCAGUGUACCGAAACCACGGCGCGACAAAAGUCCGUUGGCGUUGAAUUUAUCGUCCGCAUCACCGAAAAAGUCCGAAUUCAAUCAUACGUUCGAGCAUGGCGGUGGCAGUGAGUCAGUGAAGAACACGAACUAUGUGCUGCAGAAUUUGCCCCGAAUCUAUACGCAUUUGGCCGGGCACGGUGGUGGCGAGGAGCGGAAUUCGUUGAAUUCCGAAGAAACCGACUGUAAAUCGGAUUGCGAUGUGCAGGACGUUGAUGGGCGUGAUGAUCGUUCCGAUGAAAAUUAUGAUGAAAUGGACGAUGUGGUCAUUGUGGAUAAUAAGAGUAACAAAAAUGAAAGUUACUAAUUUCGAUUGGGAGCGCAACGUUAACUGCAUUGAAGAAGUUAAUUUUACUAUUAUUCGGCGACCCCGCAUUGACUUUUAAAUGUUCCACUCAAUACAGAUAGGUGCUAACAGAUGACGUUGCCCGGCGAGGUGGAAGCAACGCCAUCUGUUAUCAACUCUCUGACUCAAUAACAAUAGUUUUAAUAUUAAAUCAUUGAUGUAUAGACGUUGAAUUAAUAAAAAUAACCAAAGCA